CUAUGUCUUGCAUCUUGUUGAACUUUCCAAUCGAUCCUCCUCUAUCGUCAUGGUUCAGAAGACUAGAAAGAAUGGAAUGCCCUUCUUCAACCGGUACUACCGUGGUGCCUCCCGUGACGAGGUGGCAACCGCAUUUGAGGCUUAUGGGCAAGUUACAGGAGUCACCAUCCGCCACUCGACAGCCAUCUCAGCACUGCCUGUGAUGCAUGAGGACAUCUGCCAUUUAGCAGAGGAGAAAAGGGUGGCAAUAUGAUCAUCCUACCCUUACACAAACAGUGGACAGGGGACGAGGAAGAGGCAGUAGAGACUAUUGGCGAUGCGUGGAGAGAUGUGAAUCAAAUGGUGCUCAGGUGUGCACCAUGUUCGGUGGCAGUGUUCGUGGACCGCGGAUUUGGAAGUGGAUCUGAAGAGGUGUUGGAACCCACCACCACACAGAAGAGAAUAGGCGUUUUGUUCACGGGAGGAGCGAAUGAUCGAGAAGCUUUGGCUUUUGGUGGCAGAAUGGCUGAGCCCCAACCUAACAGGGUGACUCUGGUGAGAUUGCUUGUGAGGGAUGAAAACGAAAUAGGGACAGUGGGGCGACAAGAACAGGACCAGAACGAAGCAGCAGUAUCACAAUUUCGACAAAGAUGGGAUGGAAAUAUACAGUAUGAAGAGAAGGUAGUGAGCAACGUCGAAGAGGGAGUGCUAGCAGUAGGGCAGACUCAAGAGUAUGAGCUUCUAGUUGUUGGAAAUGGGAUGUCCCGGUCAACCAUGGUAGCAGAACACAACCACAACAAGCAUGCAGAGUUGGGACCUAUUGGCAAUAUCUUGGCUUCAUCAGACGAUGGCAUCACGGCCUCAGUGUUAGUGAUUCAACAAUAUACUGCUAAUGACAAUGAAGCCACAGGCUAAAAGAUGAUGCAAAGCAAGGAAGCUGUUAAUGAUGGAGAACCGACUGUAUGACAGUCAUGUGGGGUGGAGAGAUGCAGCGAUGUAAAAUCUUUUAUUUUAUGUGUAUUAGGUUUUCCGUUACACGUUCAGAUAGAAUAAAGAGGGAUGAGUAUG